AUGAGUUGGAAGACGGUUGAUGAGUUCCUGGAGCAGUGCAAGGAGUCCGGCGACGCUGCCUACGCCUCGCUGCGGUCGCUGCUGGAGCGCCUAGAGAAUCCCGAGACCCGUUCUCAGGCUCGGAUCUUCCUUUCCCACCUUCAGAAGCGGUUUCCCACCAAGGACUCCUGCGAUCAAUGCUUUCAGACCUACCAUUUUCGCAUCGAAGAUGUUUCCCUGGGUCAAUAUGCAGGCCACAAUGGCAGGAACAAAUUGACUAUGAUGGUCAUUCCUAGCAUUUUUGUUCCCGAAGACUGGUCCUUCACUUUUUACGAAGGGAUUAAUAGACAUCCAGACUCCAUUUUCAAGGAGAGGAUUGUUGCCGAGUUAGGUUGCGGAAAUGGAUGGAUUUCCAUUGCCAUUGCCGAGAAAUGGUUGCCUUCGAAGGUCUAUGGCCUUGAUAUCAAUCCUAGAGCGGUCAAGGUUUCCUGGAUAAACUUAUACUUGAAUGCGUUAGAUGAAAAUGGCCAGCCCAUCUAUGACGAGGAGAAGAAAACUUUGCUUGACAGGAUUGAGUUCCACGAAUCUGAUCUUUUAUCCUAUUGCAGGGAAAAAGACAUUCAACUCGAAAGAAUUGUCGGAUGCAUACCUCAGGUCAUUCCACAACCAUUACCUCUGUACACGCAUACUAUUCUUAAUCCAAACCCAGAUGCAAUGUCAAAGGUGAUAACAGAAAAUGCAAGCGAGGAAUUCCUUCAUUCAUUAAGUAAUUAUUGUGCACUUCAGGGCUUUGUGGAGGACCAAUUUGGCUUAGGUUUAAUUGCAAGGGCAGUUGAGGAGGGGAUAACAGUAAUCAAACCAACUGGAAUUAUGAUCUUUAAUAUGGGGGGGCGCCCAGGUCAAGGUGUUUGCAAACGAUUGUUUGAGCGUCGGGGUUUUCGCCUUACAAAGCUUUGGCAAACUAAAAUCAUUCAGGCUGGUGAUACAGAUAUUGCAGCUUUAGUUGAGAUUGAGAAGAACAGCCCACACCGUUUUGAGUUUUUCAUGGGACUUUCUGGAGAUCAACCUAUUUGCGCACGAACCGCGUGGGCUUAUGGAAAGUCUGGUGGCAGCAUUUCCCAUGCUUUAUCAGUAUACAGUUGUCAACUUCGUCACCCUAACCAGGUUAAGGUUAUUUUUGAUUUUCUAAAACAUGGAUUUCAAGAGAUCAGUAGCUCCCUAGAUUUGUCUUUUGAGGAUGAUUCUGUUGCUGAUGAGAAGAUUCCUUUCCUUGCUUAUCUUGCCCGCACACUAAAAAGUAAUUCUUAUUUUCCGUAUGAGCCACCUGCCGGAAGCAAACAUUUCCGCAAUCUCAUUGCAGGAUUUCUGAAGACGGCUGCAGCAAUUGAGAAUGCUCUUCGCUUGUUCUCACCUCGCCUUGCAGUUGUAGAUGAACAUCUGACCCGACACUUACCAAGGCAGUGGUUAACGUCAUCGGCACUUGAGAGCUCAGGAACUAUCGACUCUUUAGAUUAUACCAUUAUGGUAAUUGAAGCCCCUCGGCAGUCAGACUUAAUGAUAGAACUAAUAAAGAAGUUGAAGCCCGAAGUGGUGGUUACUGGGAUUGCUCAUUUUGAGGCUGUUACUAGUUCAGCUUUUGUGCACCUAUUAGAUACAACCCGGGACAUUGGAUCUCGUCUUUUCUUGGACAUAUCAGAUCACUUUGAGCUAUCCAGCCUUCCUGGAUCGAAUGGGGUCCUGAAGUAUCUUUCAGGAACUCCUCUUCCUUCUCAUGCAGCAAUUAUAUGUGGACUGGUAAAGAAUAAGGUUUAUCCAGAUUUAGAAGUAGCUUUCGUUAUUUCGGAAGAAGAAACCCUUUUUAACGCCCUGUCCAAAACUAUUGAACUACUGGAGGGAAAUACUUCAUUAAUUAGUCAGUACUAUUAUGGCUGUAUUUUUCACGAGCUUCUUGCUUUUCAGCUUGCUGGCCGGCAUGCACCUGCCAAGAGAAACUUUGAGGAUGUCAAAUCAGUUGAUAUGAUAGGAUUUUCUAAAUCAGCCUCAUUGAUACUUAACAAUGCUGAAUUAUCUAUCGAUGGGGUAGAGAAUGGGUCCCUGAUCCACAUGGACGUCGAUCAAAUCUUCUUGCCAGUUCCAUCUUCUGUUAAGGCAGCUAUUUUUGAAAGUUUUGCUAGACAAAACAUGUCUGAGUCUGAAACUGAUGUCAGAGCAAGCAUCAAAGGAUUUGUCAAGAGCAACUAUGGUUUUCCAACUGAUAACAGCACAGAAUUUAUAUAUGCUGACAAUUCAAAAGCUCUUUUCAACAAGCUGGUCCUCUGCUGCAUCAAUGAAGGUGGCACUCUCUGCUUUCCAGCUGGAUCAAAUGGGAACUAUGUUUCUUCUGCAAGAUUCUUGAAAGCUGACAUAGUGACAGUACCAACAGAUGUCAAAGAAGGUUUUAAGUUAACGGAGAAGACACUCACUGGAGUCCUUGGGACUGUGAAAAACCCAUGGGUGUAUAUUUCCGGUCCUACUGUCAAUCCAACUGGCUUAAUUUAUAGCAACAAUGAGAUGGUAGAAAUUUUAAGCACUUGUGCUAUAUUUGGUGCAAGAGUUGUAAUAGAUACUGCUUCCUCCGGUUUGGAAUUUGACUGUGAAGGCUGGGGUGUCUGGGAUAUAGAGGGGUGUUUGUCUAGGCUGAAUUCUUCAAUCAAGCCAUCGUUUUGUGUGUCUCUUCUUGGCGGACUGUCUCUGAAGAUGCUCAAUGGUGUUCUCAGAUUUGGCUAUCUUAUUCUAAACGAGCCUGUUUUGGUUGACACAUUUUAUAGCUAUCCAGGAUUAAGCAAACCUCAUAUUACUGUUAGAUAUGCUACAAAGAAAUUGCUGGAGCUUAGAGAGCAAAAACCAUCAAACCUAUCAGAUACUAUCGUUGAACACACCCAGAUAUUGAGAACUAGAGCCAAGUGUUUGAAACAGGUUCUUGAGAAAAAUGGAUGGGAUGUGCUCGAAUCGUGUGCAGGUGUGUCUGUUGUGGCCAAGCCCUCUGCCUAUCUCAAUAAGACUGUUAAGCUGAAGAUUUCACCAAAAGGUGAAGGAAGCCACGAAAGUGCCACUGAGGAAGUAAAGCUGGACGACUCUAAUAUUAGGACUGUCAUUCUCAAAGCCACAGGAUUAUGCAUCAAUAGCGGGUCAUGGACUGGAAUUCCUGGAUACUGUCGUUUUAAUAUUGCGCUCGAAGAAAGUGAUUUCAAAAAAGCUUUGGAUUGCAUUCAGAAAUUUAGAGAAGUCACACUGGCAACUCUUCGGUUAAUCAAGACAAAUAAAGAGUAA